AUGCUCAUAUUAUUUAUAAUUACAGUAACAACUGCACGUCUGAUAACAAAUCUAAAUAAAGGAUGGAAAUUUAGAAGAUCUGAUAAUAAUACAUGGUAUCCUGCAAAUGUACCAUCUACGAUUCAUAUGGAUUUAUUAGACAACAAAUUAAUAGGGGAUCCUUAUUUUGGUAACUAAGUUGAAUAAUGUUAGAGGAUAAUUUAUUGAGUAUGUAUGAAUUGGAAUUAGAAGAUUGGGAAUAUAAAUUGGAAUUUACAAAUAAUGAAUCCAAUUAUGAUAUUAAUGAAUUAGUUUUUGAAGGAUUAGACACUCACGCUGAUGUGUAUUUAAAUGAUAUCUAAGUAUGUAUAUGCAGAGUAAUAGGAAGAUAUUAAAAGCAAAUAAUUAACAUAGAACUUGGAGAGUGAUGAUUUAGAAUUUAUAAGUUGAAAAUACAUUAAGAAUUUAUUUUCAUUCCGCAGCUUUACAUGAUCUAAUGAAAUAGUUAUAAGAUAGUCCUUUGAAUUUGCCUUACAAUUAUACUUAUUCGAGGAAAGCUGCAUAUCAUUAUGGAUGGGAUUGGGGACCAAGAAUUGUGACAUGUGGCAUAUGGAAAGAUGUUUAUUUAGAUUAAUAUGAUUAUGGAAGAAUUGUAAGUAUGCACGCAAAAGCAUUGAAGAUUUAUGAAAAAAGCGUUGUUAUUGAAAUUAAUAUUGAAACUUAUUUAAUAAAUGUUGGUGUUUACAUAAUUGAAGUGCAAUUUAAAGGUUUGGAUGAAAUUAUUAUAAAUAAUCAAUACCCUUUAAAUUCGAUAAACACUAAGUUUUUAUAUAAUGUAAGUGAUAUUGAAUUGUGGUGGCCAAUUGGAUAAGGCUAACAAAAGUUAUAUCAAUUGUAAGCAUAUCUAAUAAAAAAUGAUUCAUAUGUUGAUUAUAUGAAGAUAACAACAGGUUUUAGGGUUGUGUAGUGGAUUUAAGAAAAAGAUGGAGAAUAAACUCAAUCAUUUAAAUUUAGAAUUAAUGGAAGAGUAUAUUAUCUUCAUAUUUAAAAAAGGAUGUGUAUUUAAAAGGUGCUAAUUAUAUACCUCCAGAGAUGUCCUUGCCUAGAGCCUUGAAGAAUCCUUCAAUAUAUGAAAGAAUAUUUUAAGAUUCAAUUGCUGCAGGUUAUAAUGGUUUAAGAUUCUGGGGCGGAGGUUAAUUUGAAUAUGACAUCUUUUAUGAAUUAGCAGAUAAAUAUGGUAUUAUCAUUUGGCAUGAUUUAAUGUUUGCUUGUGCUAUGUAUCCAGGAACUGAUGAUUUUAUUGCAAAUGUUUAAGCAGAAUUAAAAGAUAAUGUAAAAAGACUUAGAAUUCAUCCAUCUAUUGUUUUAUGGAAUGGAAAUAAUGAAGUAGAAAUAGGAUGGAAAGAAUGGGGUUGGAAAAGGAAUAGAGUUGAAUAAGAAAUUACUAUGCUUUAACAAUGGUAUGAUUUAUUAUUUUUAUAUGCCAUUCCUAAUGUUCUCAAUGAAAUACAACCAGAAAUGUAUUAAUCUAUAUAUUCUAUAGAUAUUAUUGGCCUACAUCUCCAUCUACUUCUGUCAAUAAUGCAUCAUAAUUAGGAUUUGGAGAUAUUCAUUAUUGGGGAGUUUGGGCUUCCAAACAUUAAAUAGAAAAUUAUACUAUAUUUAUUGGUAGAUUUAAUAGUGAGUAUGGAAUGCAAGCUAUGAUUGAUGUCAAUAAUUUUUAAAAGGUUGUACCCAAAUUAUAUGAUUUGAAUUUUGAUUCUCCAAUUUUUCAAAUCCAUGAAAGACAUAUAAUAGGGAUUCCAUUAAUCAAAGAAUACUUAAAAAAUUAUACUAAUUAUAAUUCAAAUAUUCACUCUUUCUUAUAAUUAACUUAUUGCUCCUAAAUUAUUCAAUAUUUAUCAUUGCAAACUGCUAUCUCCUCAUUAAGAUCUGCAAAACCAUAUAAUAUGGGCACCUUUUAUUGGUAAAUUAAUGAUGUAUGGCCUGUUAUAUCUUGGGCAUCUGUUGAUUAUUAUGGUUGUUGGAAAGCAGGACAUUAUGCUGCUAAAAAGUAUCAUUCUGAUCCUAUCUUAACCCCUAAAUAAACUGAAGAUUAGAUAGAAGUCUUUUUAGUUAAUGAUAAUGUAUCUAAUUAUACUGGUAAUGUUACCUUAAAAUUGAAAUAAUAUAAUGGUUUUAUUCUUAAAUCCUGGGAUUAUAAAUUUAUAGAAAUCUCUUAAAAUGCUUCAAAAAAACUAUUGAAUUAUUAUGUUCAAAAUUACAAUCAAACAUAUAAAUCCUUAUAUUUGUAAAUGAAGUAUAUACAAACUAAUUAAUAGUUUUUAUUGCGAUCAAAAAAAUUGUGAUUAUCAAGGCAUAUAUAAUUUUGGAAGACCCAAAGAAUGGCAGCUCUAAAAGCCUGAUAUUUCCUAUACUUUACAAGCCAAUACAAUCACUUUUUUAUCGAAAUCAUAUGCUAAAUAUGUUUAUGUAUUUAGUAAUACAGAUUGCAUCAAUCUUUCUGAUAAUUUCUUUGAUUUACUUCCUGAUGUUCCUUACAAAGUAACCAUGAAAGAAUCAAGAAAAUUUAGUUUCUUCAGUUAUUAUGAUUUAUAAUUGAAUGCAGUAGAGAAUGAAGAUCUACUAUUGAAUGAGAAAGUUAAUGCACUUAAUUUGUAUAUGAUUACAUAAUUAUUCUUAGAUCUGAAAAAGCCUGAG